CAAUGGCAUUUAUUGCUGUGAAUUUGUUUACUUCUCAAAAGUGAAAAAAAAAAUGUUACGCGUAUGGCGGCAGUGCUGUGAAUGAGAAAAAAAAGAGCAAUAAAUAUUGAAUUGAAAGUUAUCACAAAAUCACUCAACAUCACACACGGAAUACGAAUGGAAUAGUUGAGCAUAAAAUGGCAUCGAUUGAAGAGCUGCAAAGCUCUAUUCAGCAAUAUGAAUUACAAUUGUCGCAGGUCAGUGAAGCAAUAAAAGCCUGUUCAAAUGAUACGGAAAAGGCAUCAAUGGAGAAUUUAAAGUGUGAUUUACAAGAAAUACUCGACUUGACACGUGAAACAUUAAACGAAAUGCAGGGAAUGUCCAAAUUCACUGAAGAGUUAAAUGAAGAAGAAGAUCCGUAUGCACAAGAGAUGGCCAUCUUUUUAGCCGAACUAAAUGAAUGUGGUGGAACUAGCACAGGAAAGACAACAGAAAAUAACAUAAAUAAAACACCAAACGAAGUGGAUAAAUUCAAAAGUGAUGUCGAUACAAUAAUUGGGCGUAAGUGUUCAGCACCAUAUACAUUUGCGUGGGGAGCAAAAAGUUAUCACAAUGCAUUGAUUUGCGGCCUCGAAACCGAUAUCAAUCAAAUCAAUACAAUGGAUGACAUAAACGUCAUGGUUCUAUUCACAAAUCCAAUCCAUCGAAAUAUGGUGCCGUGUCCAUUUUACUUGGAUGGAAAUUGUCGAUUCGAAUUCAAUAAGUGUCGGUUUUCACAUGGUGAAGCUGUACGUUAUGUUGACCUACGGGAAUAUAACAAGCCAAAUUUUUCGCUGCUCAAUCAAAUGAAGCAUCCAGUAUUAGCAAAACAAAUCGAUAAUAUUUGGUAUAAAGGUCGAGUUAUAUCAAGUGAUUUCAAUGAAAAAACCUGCCAAAUAAAAUUCGAAAAUUCGAAAAAAGAUGUGGCUAAAUGUGAUUUUCAUGAUAUUUUACCAAUUGAAGAAGAAACGCCAUUUGUUGCCUCCGACUCCGAAGUAUCGGAAGAAGAUGAUGUUGAACAAAUUGUAAAAGCAAAUCUAAUUGCAAAAAGUCUAUUAACACCAGCACCAUCCGAACGACUGGGCGCUUGGGAGGCAUACACAAAAGGAUUUGGAUCUCGAAUAAUGCAAAAAAUGGGCUACGUCAUUGGUACUGGAUUGGGUCAAAAUGGUGAAGGCAUCGUGGUGCCGAUUAGCGCUCAAGUUUUGCCCCCAGGUCGAAGUUUGGAUCAUUGUAUGGCAUUGCGUGAACAAGCAAACGGUGACAAAAACCUAUUCAGUGUGGAACGAAAAUUAAAGCGUCAACAAGAACGACAGGAGAUAAUCAAUGCCAAAGCAUAUGAACGAGAAAAGCAAAAUCAGGAUAUUUUCAGUUUUCUAAAUCAAAAUAUAUUGAAUAGCAUGCCAAGUACGUCGGGCAAUCAAAAUAAUUCCGGUGGUCAAAUGAAACACUCAAAAUUGGAUAUUAAGACGCAAACGAAUAGAAAAUUAAAUGUUGAGAGCUUAAAGAUUGGAGAAGACAUUCGUAAAAUGGAAAAAGAGAUACAAAAAUUACAGGAGUCGCUGCGUCGUCAAAAGGACAGCACACACAUUUCACAGCAAUUAAAUAUGCAACUCGAUAUUCGAAAGACGGAAUUAGACCGCAUGAAAAAAUCGGAGAGUUGUCUACAGAAAGAGCAAAAAUUGCGAACAGACAAGUCAAAGCUAACAAUUUUCAUACACGCGAAGAUGGAGGUUAGGUCGAACAAUGAACAAUGUGGAAAUGAUGCGGCGGCGGUGGUGGUGACGGCCGCAACAGCGGUAACAGCAGCGGCAACGGCAUCACUAGCUAAAGCAAUUAAUCAGUCGUUGAAUUUGAAUGAGACGACUGUUGUUGCAACACGGACUGCAUUCGAAAUGGAUCCAUCCAGAACUAUGGUAAACGAUGACAUAAAACCACCUCUAACCAGAGAUGAAAAACUGGUGGCUGAUUUAAAGUCUCAAAUUCCGGAUGUGGACAAUAUUUUUAAAAUUCAUCGACGAAUUGGUGAAGGAACAUUUAGUACGGUUUUUCUAACAUCUCUCCGCGGUCAAGAACACCUGCCCAAGAAGCGACUUUUUGCGCUAAAAUACUUGAUACCAACCAGUCAUCCAAAACGUAUUGCCCAAGAAUUACGAUGCUUAAAGGAUAUUGGUGGAAGAGACAAUGUAGUCGGUGUUGAUUUAUGCCUGCGUAAUAAAGAUGCUAUAGCAUUUGUGAUGCCGUAUAUGCCGCACGAUCGCUUUCACGAAUAUUUUGAUAAAAUGAAUGUUUUCGAAUUGCAAGAGUACAUGAAAAAUCUAUUGAUCGCCUUGCGUCGUGUUCAUGAAUUCGAUGUUAUUCAUCGUGAUGUUAAGCCGAGCAAUUUUUUACACGAUCGCAAAAAUCAUAAAUUUUUGCUCGUCGAUUUUGGAUUGGCGCAAUCGUUAGAUGCGAUGGAAAGUACAAAAUCAUUAAAAAGUAAUAUGUGUAAGGAAACCCCAAGUGACAAAUCGAACAAUAAACCAAAUGAAGAAAACACCGAAUGUGAUAAUAAAAGCGAACAAUCAACUCCGACAGUACAACAAAGCCAAGACAUGGAUUGCAUCAUGGCGGAGUCUAGCGAAACGACUGAAAAGGCAACAACGGUGGCAUCGACGGCGGCGACAGCGGCAACGGCAGAGCCAAUGGAAACAGAAGACACGGCCAACAAUUGUGUGGAAAUGACCGUAUCAGUAAAUAUAAUGAAUUUAUCAUCAUAUAAUACCAAACGAAAGCUCUCCGAAUACGACAUUAGUGAAAAUCAAUGUACAACCAGUGAUUUAACGAAUCCCGCAAAACGAUCACGUACACUUUCCGAACAUUAUCAUCAUCAUCAUCAACAACAACAUCAACAGCAACCGCAUCCUAAUCAAUUAACUGCUCAAAGCCAUGAAAAUACAUCACAACAACAAUCAAAACCACAACCACCACGCGGACCAUACAUUCCAUCAUCACAAUUUAAAACACCAUUGAAACAAAUGAACGAGAUCUCAAAUCAAAAACAACCCAAGCGUGGAACCACUGAAUUCCAAUCACCACUUUCGGCUGACAUCAAAUCCACCGUUUUAUCAUACAGCAUUGGUUCAAAAAUUGAAAGUCAACGCAGUGGCUAUAUCAGUAAAUUGUCACCAAUACCGAAAAUAUCUCCAAAACUACCAUAUUCCAAGAAUGUUCCGGAUCACAGUAGCUUCAAUACAUCGACACCAACAACUGGUCGCAAUAAAUAUAAUGUCGACAAUCGAAACAGUGGACGUAAUGUCAAAUGCUUUUGCUAUGGCCGUCCAACGGUUUGCAACAUUUGUUUGGUUAAGAAAGAGAUUCAAGCAACACGGGCUGGCACUCCUGGCUAUCGUCCAACCGAAGUACUUUUAAAGUUUCCGAAUCAAACAACGGCUGUUGAUUGCUGGGCAGCAGGUGUGAUCUUGAUUUCAAUCUUAUCCGGAUGCUAUCCAUUUUUUAAGAGCCGCGAUGAUUUUAAUGCCUUGGCCGAAAUAAUAACCGUGUUUGGUGAUGAAGUGGUGAGAAAAACGGCACAUGCAUUGGGACGCAAUGUGUGCAUCAGUCACAAGAAGCGACCAUUACAUUUGCGAAAAUUGUGCAUUCGCUUGCGAAAUCGCCAAAAAAUCCAAAAUACUCCGUUCAAUGAAAAUAACAACAGUACAAAUCUUCAGCAACAAUGUGACAAUUGUGAACAAAAAAUGAACAAUUGUCUUUGUCAAGACAGCGAUUACAAUACGGAUUUUUCAAAUGACGACAUCUAUCCGGACAGUGUGUACGAUUUACUCGAGAAAUUGCUGGCAAUCAAUCCGCAUAAUCGUAUCAGCGCAAAAGACGCACUUGAACAUCCAUUUUUUCAAGAGACGAUUUAAAAUAGCCACAAUUAUUUCUCUCUUAUUCACCUAUCUAACAUACACAACCUUACACACACACACACACACACACACACACACACACA